AUGGCUCCGGAUGCCGUCACCCUAGCCUCGGGCCACCAAAUGCCCCUGGUCGGCUUUGGCUUGUGGAAAGUGCCAGCCGACAAGGCUGCCGAUACUGUGUACAACGCCAUCAAAGUUGGAUAUCGACUUUUCGAUGGUGCAUAUGAUUAUCAGAACGAAAAGGAGGCUGGCGAAGGAAUUCGUCGCGCCAUCAGCGAAGGUCUCGUUCGACGCGAGGACAUAUUCGUGACGACCAAGCUCUGGAACAACUACCACCAGAGAGAUCAUGCACUAGCCAUGGCCAAGGCACAGAACGAAGCGUGGGGCCUUGGAUAUAUCGAUCUAUAUCUGAUUCAUUUCCCGGUUGCGCUCAAGUAUAUUGAGCCUGAGAAGCUGAGAUAUCCUGGUUGGUGGAUGGAUCCCGAACACAAGGUGAUCGAAACUGCCAAAGUGCCAGUCCAGGAAACCUGGCAAGCAUUAGAAGAAGUCGUCGACCAGGGCAUCGCCCGGUCCAUUGGAAUCUCCAACGCACAGGCCCAACUCCUCUACGAUAUCCAAACAUACGCACGCCACCCGAUCUCUUCGCUCCAGAUCGAACACCACCCAUACCUCGUCCAGCGGGAACUCGUGGAGCUCGCCCAGGAGGAGAAGAUCGUCAUCACAGCAUACUCGUCAUUCGGACCGCAGAGUUUCCUGGAACUCCCUCCGGCAUUCCGGGCGCGGGCCAAGGACACGCCGCUCCUCUUCGACGCCGAGGUGGUCAAGAAGGCCGCCGACCGGGUAAGCAAGACGCCGGCACAGGUCCUGCUACGAUGGGCAACGCAGCGGAACAUUGCCGUCAUCCCCAAGUCGAAUAACGUGGACCGGCUGCAACAGAACUUGGACGUGGGAGCUGGGAGCUUCGACUUGACCGGGGAGGAGAUCGAGGCGAUUAGUGCGCUGGACCGCGGCUUGAGGUUCAAUGAUCCGGGCUUUUACCUGCACAAGCCAUUGCGCAUUUUCGCAUAA